UGCAGCAGCUCUGCUUUGACGCUGAAGUGAAGCCGCUCUUUUUUCGGCUCCGUGGCUCAGAGGAGGAGAGAGAAGUCAGCACAGAGUCCGUCUUCGUACAACAGCUCCCAGACAGUGGAGAGACAGAGGGAGCACAGGAGGACAUAAAGAAAGACGGGGAUAAAGAAGAAAGGAUAAGUCAACGCAGGAGGUGACGACUGAAGGAGGGACUGUAAUGAUGGCUGAGGCACCUGAGGAGCAGCAGCAGCAGCAGCAGCAGCAGCUUGAGGAGGAGGAGGAGCAGCAGCGGCAGGAGGAGGAGGAUGAAGAGGAGCUGGAGUUGGUAGACACUGUGGACACGACAGAGCCUGAUGAAGAGUCUGAAGAUCUGAAGGAGAGCGUCCACCCACCACCGCCGCGUCCUCUGCUGUCCUUCAGGUCCAUGAGCAGCGUCGACCCAGAGGACGACUCCCCCAACAUGAUUGUCUACAGAAAGAUUGAAGACAUUGUCACUCGUAUCCAGGACGAGACGGAGGGUAUUCCCAUCAGAACUGUCAAAAGCUUCAUGACCAAAAUCCCCAGUGUUGUCACAGGUGCAGACAUUGUCCAGUGGCUGAUGAAGAACCUGUGCAUUGAAGAUCCAGCAGAGGCCAUGCACAUCGGGAGUCUCAUCGCAGCUCAGGGCUACUUCUUUCCCAUCUCUGACCACAUUCUCUCCCUCAAAGACGAUGGCACCUUCUACCGCUUUCAGGCGCCGUAUUUCUGGCCGUCUCACUGCUGGGAGCCUGAAAACACUGAUUAUGCGAUCUAUCUGUGCAAGCGCACCAUGCAGAACAAGACGAGGCUGGAGCUGGCAGAUUAUGAGGCGGAGAACCUCGCCAGGCUGCAGAGAGCCUUUGCCAGGAAGUGGGAGUUUAUCUACAUGCAGGCCGAGGCCCAGGUCAAGAUCGACAGGAAAAAGGAUAAAACGGAGAGGAAGAUCCUCGACAGCCAGGAGAGAGCCUUCUGGGACGUCCACAGACCCGUGCCUGGAUGUGUUAACACUACAGAGAUGGACAUCAGAAAAUGUAGACGCAUGAAGAACCCUCACAGAGUGAAGAAGUCGGUGUACGGCUUAGCGGAGGAGGGAACGCAGACUCAGAGCCCCGUGCACACGCCUUCACACCACUGCAGGAAAGGCACGAAGGAGGACGUCGAGAAAGAGAUCGUAUUCCUGAACAUGCAGCUCGACCGCCACUGUCUGAAGAUGUCAAAGGUCGCUGACAGUCUGAUUAGCUACACAGAGCAGUACAUGGACUACGACCCAUUUGUGACAGCACCAGAACCACCAAACCCCUGGACCAGCGAUGACCCCUCCUUAUGGGAUGUGGAGUUCAGUAAGGAGCCCAGUCAGCAGCGGGUGAAGAAGUGGGCUUUCUCUCUGGAAGAGGCUCUGAAAGACCCCGCAGGUCAGGACCUCUUCCUCAAGUUCCUCGAGUCAGAGUUCAGCUCGGAGAACCUGCGGUUCUGGUUGGCCGUGCAGGACCUGAAGCGAAGGCCUCAGCAGGAAGUGGGACAGAGGGCACAGGACAUCUGGGCGGAGUUUCUGGCUGACGGAGCGCCCAGUUCCAUCAACCUGGACUCACACAGCUACGAACGCACGAGCCAGAACCUGAAAGACCCGGGACGAUACAGCUACGAGGACGCACAGGAUCACAUCUACAAACUGAUGAAAAGUGACAGCUACGCUCGAUUCUUACGCUCCAACAUUUACCAGGAUCUGCUGACGGCCAGGAAGAAACCUGAGACAGAGCAGGGACGCCGCACCUCCCUGGAGAAGUUCACUCGCAGUGUGGGCAAGUCGCUGACGGGCAAACGGCUGACGGGCCUCAUGCAGUCGUCCUGACACGGCCUGGACGACGAGUAGGAGGAAGCAUGCCCGGAAGAGCUGCCUACACCUGGGGAGGAGGCGGAGGAAAAGUAGCCUGGGGCGUUUGGCUGUGGGAGGCCGGUGAGGGCACCACUGUCCAGACCGGAUUGGACCGCCACCACGCUUGAAACUCCCCUAAGAUUAGUUGAAGAGUACCCGACAGCAUGCAAUAAGUCACCUGACCUGACCUAACCCCCCCCCCAGGACAGUGCUGUCACUGUGUAGAGGACAAAACUCUUCUUAGGAGGUUUCCACUCAAAAACACCUGCACCUUAGCAGGUUCUACUGUUUCACUCUAUCUAUCCACACUCGUGUUCAUAUGGUAGCUGAAGACGCUAUCGCUUUAUUUUCAGUGGUGUACAAAAAAAAAAAAAAAAAAUGGAAUGCUUGAAUGCCUUGACUGAUGUCAACACAAAAGAGACUUUAAAUUAACGCUGUAGCCGUUUUAUUUCACCGGGGGGGGAGGAUGUUAGAGUCGACUCAGUCAAGCUGCUCGCUGUCAUGACGGAGAAGUAACAAACAAACUUCUUCAUCAAUCUGUGAGACGACACGAGAUUAACCUCCGUGGGUUCAGUUUGUCAGAAAGUGACGUCGCAUUUCAUCCAAUAACUGUUAAAGAAAACCUGCCGUAUGUUCUUGUUCUGAUUGCAGAGUGAAUACAGCUGCUUACAGACCUGCUCUGGUUCAGUAGAUGCCGCGGCUGAGACGCAGGUAAACAAGAUUACGCUUUAAAACAUCUGGCAGCAAAGCAGCAGCUGAUUUAAGCACAACGACGGAGUGUGAGGGCCAAAAAAAUGUAAUCUCUCCAGAAUAAAGUUGUUGAAUAAAUUUUAUAAACCUCACGAUAUUAUGAGAAACAAGUCGUUAUAUUUAAGAUUGCGACCAUAUUCUCGAUUUAAAAAAAAAAAGGUUUGGCCCUAAUACUCUGUCAUAAUACAGAGCCCUGGAAGAGGUUAUUUUGCAAGAUUUCACUUCAGUGUAGAUCACUUUGCAAUUUAAGUAAAGGCACACUGUAAUCCAUGCUCUCUGCCGUCCACACACCUGCACAUAGUUGCUCACUGACACAUCACAGCAUCCUCUUUGCUUUUAAAGUCACCUCCUCAAAUGUCUGUCGCGGGCCAAACGCUGAUUUUAAAUCUUUGUAUUUGUGGCCAAUGUCAAAGUUAAACUCAGUUGGUUAUGUGUUCUCCAAAGAGUUUAUUUUUGUCUCUUCCAGGACUAUUUUCUGUCUUCAUCACCACAAAGUAUUGCAUCACUGUUUUUAAAAAAAAAUACAAUCUAUUCUGUGCCGUUUGUCACAGUCAGUGUCGCCUCUGUGAGCUCACACUUUAUUAAUAGCCGGCUUUUCUCAGCAGCUGCACUAAAUAGACAGAGGUGUAAUCUUGUUGUCAUUUAAGGGACAGGUUGAUGCUUUUUCCCCAAAAAUAACCAAACAACAAAAGGUGUUUUGCUUUAAACGAGUGAAUUUGAUUAUUCUAUCUUCUAAACAUUCCACUUCAGGCUGCUGCAGUCUGACCUCUGACCAUUCUUCACCUUAUGUAAAGACAAGGACCGUGAAAAUAAUAAAUGGAAAGAAAAAAAUAGGAAUGCACAGUGAA